GCACCCAGGCGGGCAGUCAGUGCGUCGUCAGCCUCCGCGUCGUCGCGACGCUCCUCUCUUUCUCUCUCGUUUCCCUCGGCUCUCUCGGUGGCGUCCGCAGCAUCGCGACGCUACGACGCGCUCCGUCGACUAUCUCAUCCUCGGGAGAGACGCCGUCGUUAAUUUUCCUACGAUAUAUACCAGCGACACGGACUUUGUCAUCGAUAAUAUCGAUUGCAAUAGGCGAUACAAGAAAACAAGUAUCUUUUUUUUCAUACAUCGUCACUUCGAAAGUGUUUCCGUUCAAUCUGCACAAAAGAAGAAAAGGUGCCGACAGUUACGUUAAUUGUAAAACAGAAAAAUCUAAACUCUUGACUAAUUUUUUGCUUUUGCAAAGAUCCUUUUUAGGUGGAUUUUAUGACGUUUUACAUAUUUUUUAAGUUAAAAUAUAUUACAAUUAAAGUAUAUUAUAAUUGAAAUACAUUCAUUAAUAUUUUACGCGCAUAAAAUAAACUUUUUCUAUAAGUUUCGGAAAAAAUUGAUAUCUUUUUUUUUCAAUAAAACACUUGGAGUGUAAUAUUCGCGAAAAAUCGAAGAAAUUGUGUGCAAUCGCAAGUUUGCUUCAUUACGUUUCAUUGCAUAUUUUAUAAUCGAAGAGAGUACAGUUCGCAAUUCAUUACUCCCGCAUGAAAAACUCUAGAUCUCGAGUAAAAAGAGAAGGAAAAGAAUGAAAUUGAGAGGUAAAAAGGGGAGCCAAAUCGUGAAGUUUUUGCCAGGCGUGAUCCAUCUUGGUGUCUCGAUCGAGUGAUCUAUCGGAUCUCACCGCGGAAUAUACCAACCACUCAAGAUUUCUCACCUUCAAAAGUCACGCACGAGCGUUUUUUCUCCUCCACCUUCCGGAGCGUCUUAUACUUACUCAAGCCUUAUCGACACUCGUGGAUUUACUACUGCCGAAACUUGUCUUCUCACCCGUGUGCCCGUCGACACUGUGGAUGUAAGCUGAGAUGCAUCGCAUACCAAGAACCUAUUAUACACCGCAGUCACACAUCAUUUUGCAAGUGCGUACAGACGACUCGCGAACGGAUUUUCGAGUGCGUCAUUAGAUGCACUCAAACGUUCGCAACCGUGCAGAUACUCAACGAUCUCGAUGAUGAAGAAGCAGUGCUUAAAACUGCUGGUCAGCCAUCAUCAAGGCGGACCCUCGAAAAUUUGCGACCGACAGGGAUGAAAGAAACGUACGAAGUACGUGUGCCUCAAGCGGGACACGGGUGUCUCGUCUGGGGAUUCGGCACCGUAAUCACGUGGGGAAGAAAGCGACAAAGUGUUGAUGAUGGAGCACAAACAGACGAUACUGCUUGCACCCUCACUGAGCAACAGCAGUUGUUGGCGAGUUGGCACGUCCGAUCCCACUUGGACAGGUCCAGGCCCUGGAGAACUCAUACGAGCCACUCUGAUACUUCUACUCAGCAUUGGUAUCCUAUGCGCCAAUCUGCUAGUGAUAUGUGUUAUCAAUAGCAGGCAGUACAGCAAAUACAUACAUGCUCAGCCCAGAUAUUUGCUGACGAGCUUAGCGAGUAACGAUCUAGCGAUUGGUCUUUUAGUGACGCCUUUCGGUUUCUUACCGGCUGUUUACGGAUGCUGGCCGUAUGGCGAAGUUGUCUGUCAAAUUCAGGCACUUCUUAGAGGCGCUUUGACUCAACAGAGUGCCGUUAUCCUCGUCUGCAUGGCAAUCGACCGUUAUGUUUGCAUGCUGCACCCUCAUCGCUAUCACAAGCACUCUUCUAAAAGGUAUUACAUGCGGCAGGGCUGCGUGGCAGUAAUGUCGACCACCUGGAUAGCGAGCGUGGCAAUAUUCGGGGUUCUGGUACUCCCCAGAGGCGGUUACUACUUCAAUGGGUCUGGCCUCCUUGCCUGCGACCCCUUCUUCGCCAGAGCAUCCCUUAGGAUCCUGGCGUGUUGCUGUUUUUAUUUUCCGACGACGAUGGUGCUGAUGUACUGCUAUGGCUCGGCCUUUCACGUUAACAAACUACGCUUGAAAAGAGUAGUCUGUGUUAACACGCCGGAGGUCGUUAGUGGCGGCCACAUAGAAAGGCUUGUUGCCCACGAGAGACGAUUGUCGACUUCGGCCUCGCGAACAAUGGCUGCAAUGAGUUUAGGUUUCAUCGUCAUGGUUACACCAUGGACGAUUCAGGAAGUCGUUGCAGCCUGUACUGGAAGUAAACCACCGCCAUUUCUCGACUUCCUAGCCACGUGGCUGGCUCUCUCUAACAGCUUUUGGAAUCCUUUCCUUUAUUGGCUGCUCAAUAAUCACUUCCGCCGAAUUUCGAGAGAGCUUCUUUAUACUAAAAUUCUGUGCAGGUCUAAGCCGUUAGGAACGAAACAACACUGUUGCGCGACUAGCACCGGCGGCUUAGAUGUUUGCAGCAUCGCAGGUGUUGAUCUAUCAGGUUUGGAGCGUUGCUCAAUGGAACGAUGCUCAAUGGCGCGUUGUUCCUCGUUAUCAUUAGCAAAUACGCCACCACCACUCCCUUGGGAAACUGGACAUGUAACACAUGGUGACAUAGCAUCCACGUGAGCCAAAGAUGCCGCCACGCAGACGGAGGAUUUCGGAUCUCCGGACGACGCCAGUUAGUACAGCGUGGCGGCAAGCCGGCAUCCGAUGCUCCAAAACUAUCGAGCACAAUAUCCGUCGUUUAUGCACCGAUAUCUGCGAGACCACGUCACAGCCUCGCUGGCACGAGGACGAGAUUCACGCAUCGAGGAAGAGAACAAUUGCGACGAAGUCGCGUCGAACGGAACAAGCUAUCAUCGACACGAUCGACAGAAUCGCUCCGAAUUCGCGCGCUUUAAAAGCCUGCCAGAUCUCGUCAGAGAUAUGGAAUCGCGAUGAAACAUUGAUUAACGAUUCACGUCGUCAAAUCGGAAUGCUGCUGUACAUCAUUGUCAUCGUCAUUACUUCGAUUCGUAUAAGAAGGAGCCUGAACUCACUGGAUGCAACAGCACAUAAGAGAAACGUGAAUUCCCAGAAUGCUCCCAGACGAGCGUGCGCGAAGCGUGUGUCGACACACCGCGAUUAAGCUCUCGUCGCGACGAGAUCGAUUACGGAAAUUAAUCACGGCAUCAACGAGGAAACUAAUACUAAUCGCGCCGCUCUCGACGAUAUACAUGUAGAUGUUUAAUCACGGCGAAGCACUCUGCGAGUGUUAACGUCAUUCGCGCCAUCUAAUCCCAUUUUCCACGAGUAAUUAUUCACACGUGAGUGUUCGCGCUACGAGCUAGGCACUCAAACAAAAAAUUGCCUCUUACUUGGACAUACAAUUUUGAGCACUUUCCUUUACAAUUUUUUUAAGAUGCAUAAAAGCAUAGAUCCUCCUAUCUGAAAAAGUGCGUUGCAUCGAUACUCUAAAUCUCAAAGUUUAUUGUUGUCGCUUUUCCGAUGUGCUGAUUGAUUCUCAUUCAGCGCUUACUUCGAAAACGGCUGUCAUAGCGGAGAUCGCGUAUUUUGACUAUGUGUAUUGAAGGGUUAAUAAUGUAAUGUUCAAUUUGUAAUUUGUUAAAAUUAUGCAAUAUUAGAAGCUUUGUAGCGCGCGCCUGUUUUUUCUUAUAUAUAAUUCUUAUUUUUAAAAAUAAAAAUAAUGCCUGAAAAACAAAAAAAUUUCAGCAUAAAGAAGCAUUUUAUUUCGUUACCAGCAUCUUCUUCGUGGCACGUGCAAGAGACGUAUAUUGCUUGUUACUUGAUUUGUGAAAUAACGACUUAGCAGUUUAAACGCGAUUUAUACGGAAUCGACAGUAAACUCGUUGCAAAUGUAUUCUGCCUCCCGAAUCACGUUUAACACACGUCUAACGUCGACUAAGCUUUUUUAACCACGAUUCGUACGACACUUGUAUUUUACAAGCCAUAGUCGCAGGGUAGCAAGUCACUUAAAGGAGACGCACUUUCUGGGGUGCUUUUGUCAACCCGCGACAAGCUCAAAAAUCAUGGUUAAUCUAGCUGAUCGGCCGGUUAGACGCGAAGUGCAAUGACACACGGUCUCAUUAAACCGACAACGUGACGAGAAGCCAGAAUGUACAUUGCAACGGUCUCCGAUAUCGAAUCGUUCCCCGUAAUUGCACAUGUGCCCAUUCAAACGCGAAAAUUAUUUUCCACAAAUAACAAUGUCUUUUACACUUAUUACAAAAAGCUAAAAUUCUCUUCUCUUUCUCUAUUUGAAAAAGUGCAUUGCAUCGAUACUCAAAAUCUCGAAAUUUAUUGUUAUCGCUUCUCCAAUGUGCUGAUUGGUUCUCAUUCAGCGCUUACUUCGUAAAUGACAGCCGUUCGCGAAGAUCGCGUAUUUUGACUAUUUGUAUUGAAGGGUUAAUAAUGUAAUAUUCAAUUUGUAAUUUGUAUGAAAUUAUGUAAUAUACACGGGCGCGCCUAUUUUGUCUAGUGUUUUAAAAGAGUAAUAGAUUACAAAUUUAAAUCAUUUCUUUCUAGUCACAAUUCAAUUUAAAACUAAGUCCUCAUUAAGGAAAUUUUAAAUUUGAAUUUGAUCGUUUUAAAGUAAUUUGAGGCUGUUCCAAGAUGUGCGAUACACUCACGACAUAAAAUUGCAAAUGUCGAAGAAAUAUGUACACUUCGUGAAGAACUUAAAUUGCAAUUGUUUAAAUUGCAAUUGUUUGCUCAAGCUCGAGAGUUCAUUGGUACGAAGACUAAGGCGUAACAUGUUAUAUCCAUGUCAUUGUUACAUAUAUUUCAUAAAAGGUCUAAUGAAAUUGCACAAUAAAUGCAGAUAUCCGAACUUACUCUUUUAAUCUCGCAGAGUUUUAUACCAAACUAAUUACAGAUAAUACGCAAAAUAGCGAUGUUGUUCCUACAUUUUUUUAAAAUGUAUAUUUUAAUUUAUUCUCAUAUGUACUUUUCUAGUUUCUAAGUCUCGAUUAGUUAUUAAGAAUAAGUUAUCUGCGAUUUUCUAAAAGGUUUGUUUGAACGAUGAUAUAAUAAGGCAAAAUAAUGCAUCAUUGCAUUAUUUUGACUUAGUAAGGUACUUGAAUCGAAUAAAGUCCAACAUUAAAUAGAGCCACUUUUGAAUUUAUCGCAUAAAAGCGCGUUUGGAGCCUAAAGUAUGUUUAAAAAAAUUAAAAGUUUCUUAAAUAAAGAGGAAUUAAAAUCACCUCUGUUUAGUGCAACAGAAACUUGUGACAAAAUGAGAAUAUAGGUAUAGUUUUUAAAAAAUUACUUCAAAAAUUAUUAAACACAUUAUUUUAUAGUUUAUUGUAACAUUAUAGUAUUUAACUACCUAUCCGAUAAAAAAAUCGUUUUAAUAUAAUUAUACAUAACAUUUUGUAUAUAAUUAUGCAUGAUUUUUAUAUAAAGCCGCAUGUUUGAGUUUAAAACAACUUUUUUUUAUUUAUAAAUAUUUGAUAUGGAAGAUAUAUUUUAGUUUGAUGAAUAAUUGUGAAAUAAAUUUUAUUUUUAUUUACUUUAUUACAAUAUCCUUAUAGUUUUUAAAAACUAAAAUUAAUUAAGUAAGCUUUAUUUGGCUCAGGUACCUUAUAAUGCAUAGAAUAAUAGAAAAACAGCCUUGCAAGGUUAACUAUAACAAAUCUAAAUUAAUUGUAAUAUAUCAAUUUUUUGUAUGCUUAUUGCAUUUGCGUAAAAAUACCAAAGUGUAGAUUUUGUUUAGACUAUUGUGAAAAUAAUUAUUAUAAAGAAAUAAGAAAUUUUUAAUUACAGAAACAAUUAGAGAAUUUAAACAUUACCGAAGAAUUUCGAAGAAACAGAAUAAUAAUAAUAAUAAUAAUAGAGAGAAGCUGGCAUCUCUGCUUUAACAAGAAAGACGGAAUCAGUGCCGUAUAUUAUUUAAUGGAAUAGAAUUUUUCCGUAAAAAGAAAAUUAUCUUUCACUAAUAUGUAAAGUUUUUUAUUCAGCAAAGAAAUAUCGAGAUGAUUAAAAGUAGAAAUAUUAACGAGGUCGAUGACGCCGUUUCAUACUUAAUCAAAUAAGAUUCGGACUUCUCUCAAAACUUUAAUAUGUAUGAAAUAAUUACACUUUCAAUUUAUAAUUAGAAAUAUUGCGCACAGCUCUAAUGUAAAAAGAUUUAUAUAAGUAAUACUUUCUAUGGCUUAUCCUAUUGAUAAAGUUUAUUAUUGAAAAUGUAUGAGUUAAAAACGAAAUAGUAUUAUACAAGAGCUAACAAGCCAACCUGGAUUGUCACGCUUACACUCAUAAAUAAAUACAAUACAAAUACUCAUAAGUCGCGAUUAUACAUGAAACUUGGAAUCAAAAUCGAAAUGUUUAACAAUUCUAUGUAUAAUCGCAAAUUAUAAGUGUUUGUAUUGUUUUUUUUUUUAUAAAUGUAAGCUGGACAAUCCAUCUUGGCUCAUAUAAUAUUAAUUCAGUUCAUUUAUAUAACUUCUUUAACUUUAAAUUU